AUGAAAAGGCAGAAUCAGAGCACUGUGGUUGAAUUCAUCCUCUUGGGUUUUUCUAACUAUCCUGAACUGCAAGAGGAACUCUUUGGGGUUUUCUUGGUGAUUUACCUGGUGACUCUGAUGGGAAAUGCCAUCAUUAUAGUUGUCAUCUCCCUGGAACAGAGCCUCCAUGUCCCCCUGUACCUGUUUCUCCUGAACUUGUCUGUGGUGGAAAUGGGUUUCACUGCAGCGAUUGUGCCUGAGAUGCUGGUGGUCCUCUCCACGGAAAGAACUACGAUUACUUUUGCAGGCUGUUUUGUACAGAUGUACUGUAUUCUCUUUUUUGGUGGGACCGAAUGUUUUCUCCUGGGGGCAAUGGCUUAUGACCGCUACGCUGCCAUCUGCCAUCCUCUGAACUACCCAGUGAUUAUGAAUGAAAGUGUUUUCACAAAAUUAGUAAUGCUCUCAUGGGCUACUUGGAUCCUGGUGGCUACUGUGCAGACCACGUGGGUAUUUAGUUUUCCCUUUUGUGGCCCCAAUGAAAUCAAUCAUCUCUUCUGUGAGACUCCCCCAGUGCUAGAACUUGUAUGUGCAGACAUCUUUUUCUUUGAAAUCUAUGCGUUCACUGGCACCAUUUUGAUUAUCUUGAUUCCUUUCCUGUUGAUACUCUUGUCUUACACUCGAAUCCUCUUUGCCAUCCUGAAGAUGCCAUCCAACACAGGGAGGCAGAAGGCCUUUUCCACCUGUGCCUCCCACCUGACUUCUGUUACCCUCUUCUAUGGCACGGCCAUUAUGACCUAUUUACAGCCCAAGUCUGGCUACUCCCCUGACACCAAGAAAGUGAUGUCACUGGCUUACACGUUACUCACACCUCUGCUGAAUCCACUGAUCUACAGCUUGAGAAACAGUGAGAUGAAAAGAGCUUUCAUGAAAUUAUUACGAAGAAGAGUUGAUUUACAUACAUUUUGA